GAGAGAGAGAGAGAGGAAAAAAAAAAAGAAGGAAAACCCCGAGGUUACGAUGGAUGCUGAGAUGUCGGCUGGUUCCAAAGCGAGGGUUUCGUCAUCCCCUCUUCUCCCCUCCUUUCUCUGAUCGAUCAGCUCCUCCUCGGAUCUUCAAUUCCAUCGUUUUUUUCUGGUAAGUACUUUAUUUGUCGCUAUCGAAUCCUUUCCCAGUCGAAUUUCCGCAAAAUUUGCGUUUUUGCCCUGUCGGAUUCGCCGGAAUCGGAGGAAACCCUAGAUCUCGUCAAAAAAUCUUUAAUUUUUCAGUCGGAGUUGGAGAUCUGUUAGGGUUUUUGGCUGGAUCUUGGUGGAAUAGGGAAGGAGGUUCCUGGAUUGGGCCGGUGUCAGCUAGAUUCGGUAAUCGCUGUGAUCUCUCUUUAAGGGGUUUGGAAAUGGGUAAAUCAGUGGUUCGGUAAAUUUUGGGGAUUUCUUCAGUUCCGACCGUUGGGGAGAAGAGGAAUUUUAGCUUAGGUGGUGGGUGUUUUUUGGGAUCCGAUGGCAUCUCCUCCUCCGUUCCAGGCGGAGGACCAGACGGACGAGGAUUUCUUCGACAAGCUCGCGGAUGAUGAGUUUACGAUCGAUGGAUCUCAGUCCAGGGCUCCGGAUAUGGCGAAAGAUUUGUCUAAUCUCAGCCUAGGUGACGUUGGUACCUCGUUGGAGGAUUCGGGAGAGGCUGGGCUUGCCUCCGAAGUGGAAGACCGGCAGGAAAACAGGACCUUGAAGUCUUCUUGGGCUGCCAAAAAGGACAGCUUGGAUGCAGAAGGGAGCAUGCUUUCUGAUUCUUCUGAUGAUAAGGCAGUCCGAUCGGACAGUUCUGCGGAGCCUGCUACUGAGAUUGGUUCGCAAGGUUCAUCGACGAUGAAGAGUGGUGGAUCAAAGGGGACCAGUGUGAAAGAGGUGCAGUGGAGCGCUUUCAGUGUCAGCUCGCAGCAAUUUGACAAUGGAGGGUUUGAACCCUAUUCCAACUUCUUAACUGAGAACGCUGAUGGGUCUGCUAAUAAGCUGAAAGCUGAUGCUGACCCGAAUUCUAGUUUCAUAAGAAACACGGAUGAAAAUCUAAAUACAUAUGUUGGUUACUCUGAACAACAAGGCACCCAAUUCUAUAGCUCAGGUAACGAGCAGAUGGCAGAUGGAAAUGAUGCACAGUAUUGGGAAAGCCUUUACCCAGGUUGGAAGUACGACCCAGGUACUGGGCAGUGGUAUCAAGUGGAUGGUUAUGAUACAGGCAUCACUGGACAAAUGGACAGCUAUAAUGCAGCGAGUGUAGCCCAAGAGAGCUUUGAAGAGAAAGCUGCUACUGUUGCUGAUGGGCCUAUUCUUGAGGGAUCCAAUGUUUCUUAUCUGCAGCAAAGUGCUCAGUCAGUGUUGGAGACCAUAGCAGAGGAUAGUACAUUGAGUAGUGUUUCUAACUGGAAUCAAGUUUCUCAGGAGAGUACAGAAUUCCCAUCUAAUAUGGUGUUUGAUCCUCAAUACCCAGGAUGGUAUUAUGACACAAACACUCAACAGUGGUAUACCCUUGAGUCAUAUACUCAGACCACACAGAUAGCAUCUAGUACAGUUCAGGAUGAGGUGACUCGAGUUGUGCAUUCCUCAGCUGGUUUCUCAGAACAAAACCAAAGUUUAUAUGAUGAAGUUGGCCAAUCCGGCCAAUACUCCGUUUGGAGCCAGGGCAGCCAAGAUUUUGGAGGAGUUUGGAAUUCUUCCACAAGUAACUACAUGCAACAGAGUAUGUGGCAGCCUGAAACAGUUUCUGAUAAUAAACACAUUGGAGAUUUCCCUGGAAAUCAGCAGUUGAGGAGCUUUUACAGUUCAACAGGGCAUGCAGGAAGUCAAACAGAUCAACAAGCAGGUCUCAAGACCUUUGAGCCCUCUGUAGAUCAUAACUAUGUCAGAAGUAAUGGUGUGGCCAGGUCUCAGGGCUUUGUUCCUCACGAAAGCACAUACCAGUUUAAUCAGCCAAAGGGGGAGCAGGGCCUGCAGUCACAUUUAUCUAACAGUUAUUAUGGCAGUCAGAGCUCAAUAGACUAUUCUCAGCAACCAUUUCAGGGUGCUAAUGCGUCUUAUUCUCAGUUCUCUUACACUCCUCAUGAAGGGAGAUCAUCAGCUGGACGUCCUGCACAUGCAUUGGUUACCUUUGGAUUUGGUGGGAAACUCAUAAUCAUGAAAGAUGCCAACUCUUUUGGCACAAUUGAUUAUGGAAGCCAGGGCACUGCUGCUGGAGCAGUCUCAGUUCUAAACUUAGCAGAAGUUGUCAUGGAUAAAACUGAUGCAUUCAGCACCAUUAGUGGUGGUGCCUUUGGUUACUUGCAUUCUUUAUGCCAACAAUCCUUUCCUGGUCCGCUUGUUGGUGGGAAUGCUGCAACAAAGGAUAUAAACAAAUGGAUCGAUGAGAGGAUUGCGAGUUGUGAAUCUCCUGGCAUGGUCUUCCAGAAAGGCGAACUUCUGAGAUUACUUCUUUCAUUACUGAAAAUAUCAUGUCAACAUUAUGGAAAACUUCGAUCUCCUUUUGGAUCUGAUCCUUCACUAGAGGAAACUGAUGGUCCAGAAAUGGCAGUCACUAAGCUUUUCGCAUCUGCUAAAAAGAAUAGUGUUCAGUCAAGGGAGUAUGGGUCCUUCAUACAUUGUAUGCGAAAUCUUCCUUCUGAGGGACAGAUCCGGGCAACUGCCGUUGAAGUACAAAACCUUCUUGUUUCUGGUAGAAGGAAAGAGGCCCUCCAAUGUGCACAAGAAGGUCAGUUGUGGGGCCCUGCACUUGUUCUUGCAGCACAGCUUGGUGAGAAGUUUUAUGUUGAUACUGUGAAGAAAAUGGCACAUCAACAGUUUGUAUCUGGAUCACCUUUACGUACAUUAUGCCUACUUAUUGCUGGACAACCUGCAGAUGUUUUUUCUGGGGGAAGCUCCUCCAGUAGUUUGUCUGGUGCUGCAAAUAUAUAUCAACAACCUGCUGAGACUCAGGCCUCUGGCAUGUUGGAUGACUGGGAAGAGAAUUUGGCCAUAAUAACUGCAAAUAGGACAAAGGAUGAUGAACUAGUAAUAAUUCAUCUUGGUGAUUGCUUGUGGAAGGAGAGAGGAGAGGUAACUGCUGCACAUACCUGCUAUCUGGUUGCGGAGGCAAACUUUGAGUCAUAUUCUGACAGUGCAAGACUCUGUCUUAUUGGUGCUGACCACUGGAAAUGUCCUCGAACUUAUGCCUGUCCGGAAGCCAUUCAGAGGACAGAGUUAUAUGAAUAUUCAAAGGUGCUUGGAAACUCACAGUUUAUCCUGCUACCUUUUCAACCAUACAAAUUAAUCUAUGCCUACAUGCUGGCUGACAUGGGGAAGGUUCCCGAGUCAUUGAGGUACUGUCAAGCAUCUUUAAAGUUGCUGAAAAAUUCUGGUCGUACUCCUGAAGUUGAAAUGUGGAAAUCAUUGUUAUCAUCCCUGGAGGAGCGGUUGAAAACCCACCAGCAGAGUGGAUACAGCACAAACUUGGCCCCAGCAAAACUCGUAGGUAAAUUGAUUACCUCCCUUGAUAGAUCUCUUCACCGCAUGAUGGGUGCACCACCACCACCUCUGCCACCAAUGUCACAAAGCAGUGUAAAUGAUAAAGAAAUCUUCUCUGGGGUCCCAAAAGUAGCAAAUAGUCAAUCAACAAUGGCAAUGUCAUCAUUAAUUCCAUCAGCUUCAGUGGAGGCCAUGAGUGAGUGGACAAGUGAUAGUGGUAGGAAGAGUAUGCACAACAGAAGUAUUUCAGAGCCAAAUUUUGGUAGAAGCCCUAAACAGAACUCAUCAAAGGAUGCAGGCUCAGAUAGUCCUCAAAGCAAAGCGUCAGAAUCAGGGGGAUCUCGCUUUGGGCGUAUUGGCUCAAAUCUUCUCCAGAAAACUAUGGGUUGGGUCUCAAGAACCCACCGCCAGGCAAAACUGGGUGAACGAAACAAGUUCUAUUAUGAUGAGAAACUUAAGAGAUGGGUCGAGGAAGGUGUUGAGCCUCCAGCUGUGGAAGCUGCCCUACCACCACCUCCAACAGUGGCAUCAUUCCAGAAUGGUUUGCCAGAUUACAACAUAAACAAUGCCUUCAAAGGUAGCGAAAGUCCUGCUGCUAAUGGUUGGCCAGAGGUGAAAUCCUCAAUCCCCACAGAACAUAGUUCCGGAAUCCCACCCAUUCCACCCAGCCAGAACCAGUUCUCAGCUCGUGGUAGAAUGGGGCUUCGAUCGAGAUAUGUUGAUACGUUCAAUAAGGGUGGUGGAACUUUGACAAACUCAUUCCAGUCACCUUCAGCUCCAUCUCUGAAGCCGGCAGCUGGUGCCAAAUUUUUCAUCCCUACCGCACCUGCAACAUCUGAUGAGCCAAAAACUGAAACAAUAGCAGAAAGCAGCCAAGAAGCCGCCCUUCAUGAAGAACCAUCUACAUCAGUUCUAAAAGAAGCAUCAUUUUCUUCGCCAUCAACCAUGCAGCGGUUUCCAAGCAUGGACCAUAUUACUCCUGGAAACAAGGGUUCCGAGGCAGCAUUCCGAGGUGGCAAUGGCCCCUUAUCACGGACGCGUGCAGCAUCAUGGAGCGGAACUUUUACAAACGCAUCCAAUUCUAACAUGGCUGAAAUAAAGCCGAUAGAUGGUGGACAGAGUGUGCCAUCAAUACUCACGCCCAGCAACGCUUCGCAUUCCCGUUCGGGCAGCAGCUCAUCUGUACGGCAUAAUGGUGUUUCUCUGGGCGAUGACCUUCAUGAGGUGGAACUCUGAUGCGUGAUAUUUUAUGCCAUGUUUGCAGUGGUCAAAACGCUACUACCCUCCCAAAAAACAGUGGGUAGGGUUCUACGGAAUUAUCUUGAGAAUUAUACUGCUUGAUGAAAUGCUCCACCCAAAAUGUUUCUGUACUACAGUCCAGAUUUUGGAUACCUGGCAUAUGUAUUCCUAAUGUGAAACUGGUGUCCUUUUACAUGAAAACAUGUGGAUGCCGUUGUACAGAUAAUUUGUUGAUUUAUUGAAGAUAGAAAUCCCAUAUUGUUCUUAAGAAGGGGCAUACAAAAAGAAAUCUUA